CACGCGGCCGUUUCGCGAAACUCUGACGUGGGCCGAAUACACGUUGCCACUCCGUACCAAUAAUUUCGCUGGACGUAAAUUUCAACCUAAACAGUUCAAUGUACUUUUGGAAAACUUAAAACGCGUCUAUAACAUCGAAAAAUCUUGUGUUACGUAGGGAUAUAGUGGUGUAAAACGUUAAUUUAUCAUUUUGUUGUGAUACCUAGUGUUAGUUGCGUGUCCGUGCAUGAAUCUGUGAACGCGGUACUGUUGGAGGAUUCCGAAGCUGUUUCUAAAGCUAAAAGGUUGUGGCAGUGCGGCUGUGUGUGUAGUGACAGUGUAGUGUGUGUGUGUGUGUGUGUGUGUGUGCGCGCGGGAUGGCGCGAAGCUAGCGGAGCGGAGCGGCAUGCGCGUCGCCUAGCCAUGCGCGCUUGUCACCGGUCAUGGCGCAGUACACGCAAAGGACGCAGCCGAUGCACAGGCCCGGGCAGUCCGAACACGGUCACGGCGGCGCGCUGGCAUACGGCGGCAAGCCGGCGGGGGGCGGCGUGGUGGCGGUGCCGCAGCCCCGGGGCACGCCAGCGGCGCCUUACGCCCCCCAGUACUCCCCCCAGCUGCGACUGCACCAGCCCGGGUACGGUUCCGCGGCUCUCACAUACAGGGAUGGAGGAUACGUGCGCGGCGGAGGGGGGAGCGCUGCGGGCGAGUUCCGGGGGGGCGCGAGAGUGUCUCUCCUCACCCCGUACAUACCGGCGCCGGCGCAGCACCCUCCCCCGGCGGACCCGCCCCCCUUCAAGAAGAUACGUUUCGGAGUCGACCGCCCUUCGAAUACAGCGCUGCCUUUGCAUCAACCGCUUAGGGUUGAUACUAGGGAGCCGGUGAACACGUACAACACGGUGGAUCUCUCCCCCAACCCCCCCUCGGAGUCCACCGUCGAAGACCAGAGCUUCAGAACCACCAAGGAUGACCUCUUACAGCAAAUAUCUAAGGUGGAUAGAGAGAUGGCGUUAUCGGAAACGAUGCUGACGAAGCUCAAAAACAAGCAGAAAGAGUUGGAGCAAUCAGCGUCGAAGCCAUCGCAGGAGGAGGAGCCUGAGGAGGCGGUGCCCAGGCACAGGAGUCUUGCGCAGAGCGUCUAUAAGGAUAAUAGGAAAAAGGCGUUGUCCGCGCACGGCGUGUUAUCGCACCUGGGUCCGCCGGUGACGUGUCCGUUGUACAACCAGCCGCAGGACACGGAGUUGUACCACGAGAACAUCCGUAAACAUCGAACCUUCCGUAACAAACUCGCGCAACACAUACGACGGUUGAAACAGGAGGCUGAGAUGCGCGAAGAGCUGCUGGCGGAGGCGUACUCGCGGCGCGCGGCGGAGUGGGCGCGGCGCGCCGAGCGCGCGGAGGCCGGCCUCAAGCGCCGCGCGCGCGACGCACGCAACAGGGACUUCUUCGAGAAGGUGUUCCCGGAGCUGAGGAAGCAGCGGGAAGAGCGCGAGCGGUUCAACCGGCUCGGAGCGCGCGUGAAGUCGGAGGCGGAGCUGGAGGAGAUCGCGGACGGGCUGCACGAGCAGGAGCACGAGGACAAGAAGAUGCGCUCGCUGACGGUGGUGCCGCCGCUGCUCAGGGACCCGAGGGACCGCCGUCCUCUCUACGUCGACACCAAUCGGCGCUGCACGGACAUGGAGUCGGAGCACAAGGAGCGGGCGCUGCGCAACACGUGGUCGGCGGCUGAGCGGGAACUGUUCCGGGACAAGUACCUGCAGCACCCCAAGAACUUCGGCCAGAUCGCCUCCUUCCUGCCGCGCAAGACUGUGCCCGACUGCGUGCGGUUUUACUAUCUAUCGAAGAAGGCAGAGAAUUACAAGCAGCUGCUGCGCAAGCCUCGGCAGCGGCGCUCCAACCGCAACCCGCCGCGGCCGGCGCCGGAGCCCGAGCUGUCGCAGGGCGUCACCACCCGGCUGCAGCGAUCGCAAGGGUCCGCGGCGAGGCAGGUGGAGAAGGAGCCGGGUGCGGAGGACGGAGUGGUGGUCGUGUGCCCGCUCGGCCAGCCCGCCACGCCUGCCAGAUCGGAGCUCAUCCGAACUCCUCCGCUGCCUCCGUCGCCGCCGCCGGCUUCAUCGGCGCCGCCAGCGCCGGUUACGAGCACCUCAAGCAGCAGCGCGCCGGCAGCGUCGAGCCCUGCGCCCGCGACGUCGCCCGCGCCGCUGCCCGCGCCCACGCCGCUUGAAGACACGCCGCUGCCGGCGUCGCCGGCGCCCGACCAGACAGUUACCGCCAGUACUAAGCAGCCUACAACAACAACGAUAACCAUAACAACACAAACGUCAACUCCGGUGACAACAUCGGCCUCAGUCGUGUCGUCGGCGACGGCGGUCGUGGUGACAACAGCGACGUUGUCCACGCCCAGCAGUGGGAGCGCGCCGCCGACGCCGCAGCCGGCCCAGCCGCCGACGCCCACGCAGCCGCCGCCGACUCCCGAAGCUGCGGUGACUGAAAGAGUGGGCACCCCCUCCAGUACAGCGACACCUACAGUUACAGUAACGGCAACAACGACCUGUGCCGUGUGCAACAUGCCUGGAGCGACGAGAACUGUGUCCAGGUCGAGAGCAGUACAUUACGGACUCAAGGAGGAGUCCGUGGGGGCCCGCGUGUGCGAGCCAUGCCACUGUCGCUGUGUGCGGUCGCGCUACACGCGGUGUCCCGUGGCCACGUGUCCCGGGCCCCGGGUGCGCGCCAAGCGGCUCAGGCACCUGCCCCCCAAGUGGCACGACCUAGCUGCUGACGACAAAAGGCCUUUAAUGGAGGAAUUUCAAAUACCAAGCGAACUCAGCAAAUGCUGCCUGGCGUGUUUCAAGCGAAUCACGCGGCGGCUGGAGGCGGGCGAUCCCGAGCCGGAGCCGAGCGAGGACGAGGUGGGGCGCGUGCGCCAGCUGCUGCGGGACCACGGGCCCGCCUGGGACCGCCUGGGCCCGCUCUGCUCCAGGUCGCCGGCCAGCUUGAAGGCGUUCUACUUCACCUAUAGGAAAAAGUAUCAACUAGACGCAGCGGUGGACCGGACGAACAUAACGAACAGGUCGUCGUCGGACGAGUCUGCGGCCAGCUCCGGGGACACGGACACGUGCAGCGCGGAGUCGCCGCGUGCGCCGCGCGCGCCCGCGCCGGCGCCGCGUGCGCUGCGUCGCGCCGCGCGCGCGCGGGACGAGUACGACUCGUCCGCGACAGAGACCGCCGAUGAGGAAAGCGAGCCGAGUUCCAAGGUUUUACCCCCAACGUCCAUUCCUAACCCCGUCUCCUCGGCCCCCACUCCCCCCGCGUCGGUCCUCGCCCCGGUCACGGCGGCCACGCCCCCCUGCCCCGCGACCCCCACCACCUCUACAACAGUGGUGACGUCUACUGCCCCACUGUUACCCAGAAACGGCCCCGCUACGGGGCAGCUGUCAGUGAGGGACGUCGUGCUGAACAUGAUCGAGAUCAGUCUGACGAAGAAUAGUCAACCUGUGCCGCCGGCAGUUAAACCACAGCCGUUAAAGGUGAGCCAAUCGUCAGGCAGAGAGAACCUGGCGACGCUGAGCGUGGUGAGCAGCACGCACGCGCACGCGCACGCGCACGCGCAAGCGCACGCGGCGCCGCGGCCGGCCGCCGCCACCAUCACGCCGCUGGCGCCCAAGGACGGCGUGGUGGUGCUGCACAUAGAGCCGCGCCCGGAGCCGCUGCUCGACCUCAGCGUCAAGCGCGUGCGGCACGCGGCCGACGGCUUCCCGCAGCCGCUGCAACACCAUCACAAGCCUGCGUACAGGAACUGUGGCGAGUACGGGGCGUACAGAGCAUCGGGCGCGGCGCCGUCGCCCGCAGUCGCUGAGCGGAAGCCGGUGCCGCAGCAGCCCGCUGCCGGACCCAAGGGUUCCAUCACACUUGGCACCCCGGUCCCGCUGGAGUCCCGCUACGAGCCGCGGCGGACGCCGGAGCCCAAGCCGGGCUCCAUCACGCUGGGCACCCCCGUCCCGCACCCGCCGCACCCGCAGCCCCACCCCCCGCACCCCCAACACCACGACAAGCGCUUCGACCCUCAGUACUACAAGCGCCGGAGUCCGCACGCCACAUACUACACUACUAGACCUCACGACCCUAACAAUUUUUCACCGCAACAAAACGCCGCGUACUCCCGCAGCCCGUACGGCCUUGAGCAGCGUCAGAUCAUCAUGGCGGACUUCAUCACCUCGCAGCAGAUGCACGGCGGCGGACGACGGCCGGAGCGCGGCGGGGAGCGCGGCGGGGAGCGGGGCGGGGAGCGGAGCGGGGAGCGGAGCGGGUCACCGCAGUACAGUCCGCAGCGGCGCGAGCGUGAGCCCGUGUCCGUCAUACAGCGCCACACGCCUCACGUCUACCCCCAGCAGCAUCCGCAUCCGCCGCCUGGUCACGAAGCGUUCGCUCAGCUGGUGAACGUAGCGUCAGCAGCCACGGCGCUGCCGGUGCCGCGCGGGGAGCAGGACCAGAAGCCGGAGAACAAACACAUGCAGCACCACGCGCACCACGACAUGAGAAUGCAAAGAGAAAUGUCGAUGGCGAAAUACCAAAUACAUUACCAGGCGUUAGAGCGGGACAGGAGAGCGCAAGCGCAAUAUCUAGAAAGAGACAGAAUCGCCAUUCAACAAAAUAGAGAAAGAGAACGCGCGAUACUCCAGGAGCGUCAGAUAGCAAUGGAACAUCAACAACAACCUUCGCAGCAUCAACAGCAGAUGAUGGAGCGGCAACACCAACAGCAACACCAGGUGGUGUCAAGUGCUGAGGCCGACCGGCGACUGCUGAAUGCGGCGUGCGCGGUGUCUGUGGCGGGAAACAACUCGUAUAGUCAGCACAACAAGCACAGAGCCAUCACUCCGCUCCACCUCGACAGGAAGGACAGCAGCCGAGUGCCCCCGCCGGCGCCCCCGACGGGCGCGGCGGCGGCGGGCGCGGCGGAGGCGCGGCCGCGGGCGGCGGAGGGCAAGCUGACGGCCGCGUCGCUGAUAGACGCCAUCAUCACGCACCAGAUCAGCCAGACCACCGACCCCCAGAGGUUCCCGACGAUGCGAGAUUGCGAGAACAGCAACCAACAGACAGAGAGACAAGAGCGACCGCCGUCAGAACGCGGCGAGAGGGAGAGGGACGAACACACGCCCGUCUCAGCCCACACCACCAGCAUCAAGCUGGGAGACCUGGCCUCCAACAUCAUCACGAGAGACUUCUGCAGUCCCACCACCACAUUGAUGCAUCACAACAGCCGCUUCCAGCCGCCGGUGUCGGAGGGCUACGCCGCGGGCGGCGGGGGAGGAGGCGGCGGGGGAGGGGCAGGCGGCGGCGGGGGAGGGGCAGGAGGAGGAGGAGGAGGCGGGGAGGAGUGGAAGCGACGCGACCCCAAGCACGCGCCCUUCCUGGAGCCCGUGUCUCCGCCCGACAAUCUGCAGGCCAACAGAAGCAACAACAGCCGGCGCUACGGGCCCGCGGCUGGGAGCGGGGCGGGCGGCGGGGCAGGGGCGGGCGGGGGCGGAGGCGGGGGAGUGCUGACAGCGUUCGACUACGUGACCAACCGCAUCGUGGAGGUGAUGCGCAGCGACGCGGACGAGCGCGCCAAGCCGCUGCCCUUCCCCGCCGCCUACGCCUACCCCUACUCCGCGCUCAACGUGGCCACCGCCGGCAGCGACGCGCCCCCCGCGACGCCGACGCCCGCGCCCGCGGCCCCCCCCCCACAGGAGCCCGCGCCGCUGAUGUCUGCGCAGUAUGAGCCGCUGUCCGACGAGGACUGACACCGAGACCACAACCACACCAGCUAGAACUGGCCCUAACACUAGAAACCUCAGACUGGGGUCUUUGAACAAUAAAACUCGACGCUCGAGUCUCGGACCACAAAACCUCGACGCACGGGGUCUCGGAACACUAAACCUCGACUAGGGGUCUUGGAACACUAAACCUCAACGCUCGGGGUCUUGGAACACCAACCUCAGCUUGCGGAGCUGAAAGGUCCCUUGAAGACAUUCUUGGAUUAUGAUACCGUAGUAUACGGAGCGAUGACUCUGGAUAACUUAACUUCCAUACAAGCAUUUGCAUAUUAAUCAAUGACAAACAUAUACACACUAUAAUAAAACCUGCCAUGGCCACAAACUAGAAUUCUGUUCAAGGAAGUUUCAAGAAUAAUGUUAUACACAGCAAGAAAUAGCUAAUAUAAUCACUUUGAGAAUAAUAACUGAUAAAAUCAUGUUGAAAAGCAAGUGAAAAGAACCAUGUAUGGUUGGUGGAUCCACCAAAUUUAAAAUGAAAAAGUCGAAGAUAUUCAGUCAUUGAAUACUAAGCGCGAAGGCAAAGCCUGACAGCAUAGGUAAUAAAGAAACUAUACGCGAAGAUAAAUAUUUAUUAAUUCUGCGUUGGCUACAAGCUUAUUGUCUCAUUGAAGCUUACUCUUCAAGUUUUCCGUUACUACAAAGAAGAUUUAAGGACAGUGAAGUAGUUUUAAGACAUUAAAAAGUGUGACAAAACGUCUAAAAAUUUAUGACAAAACGUCAAAAGUUGUGUGACAAAACGUCAAAAGUUGUGUGACAAAACGUCAAAAGUUGUGUGACAAAACGUCAAAAGUUGUGUGACAAAACAUCAAAAGUUGUGACAAUCUGAAAUCGUGUGACAAAAUGUCGAAACUCGUACGUUAUUGGUACGGACGCGACCGGCAGUGGUCCAGACAGGGUGCAUUAAAGACAGUUGUAUAUUUAUAGUUUAAAGCAGGGAUGUACCAUGUUGUGGCAAGCUUUAAGUGCGGAGGUCGUCGUUAUUGAUUCAGCCUUCAAACCAAUUGGCGAACGUGUUAAUUUGUGACUGUUAUAACACUGCCGCUGUGAUCCAGAAAUUACCUCAUAAUUUUAAGUGGCAGAUUUCUAAAGUAAAGUUAUAAAACCUGUCUUCCAUCGCCGUUAGCCCGCGAUCUCCGCGCGACUUCGUCCAUUACUUAGCUACACGAACUUGUACAUUAUGUAUAGACGCCACGCGCAUUUUACGACUUCGGUUCCGGGUCGGGCGAAUCAUGCGUCCGCCCCGAGGGGGUGGACUGGAUCAACGGUCGAUCAAUUCAGUCCAUCGCUCGAUUUAAUUUAGCUUUUGUAUUAAGUUUUUGUAAAGCUUCGCUUCGGAUUUCGCCGGCGCACCCAUCCGGUAGUUAGCCGCGUAGUGAUCGCCGAUUCAUGUAAAUAUUUCACCGCAUCUGUUUCUGUAUAGCUCGCUGGCGCCGCGAGGUCCGAAACUUUACGAACGCGAUUUUUUCUAUACGACGACAUCGGAAGCUCCGACGAGCGUGUGAAUAGCGCCCUAUGCGCGGUAAAUUAUAUACAUAUGUAAAAGUGUAUGGUUAUACUGUGUAAACACUGUGCAUUUGUAAUUAUAUAGAAGGUUAGGUAAGUCUUAAGUUAGAGAUUUCAUUUUUUAGUUAGGUCGGCGACGCGGCCGCGUAUAAAUAUGGUCGAGCGAGAGGGAUCGAGUGCUGGAGUGAGAGAGAGAAUGUGCGAGUGAGACAGAGAGAUGGAGCUGCGCCCGCGCGCCGCCCCGCUCUGCGCACGCGCCGGGAUCCUUAUCUUGUUGGUCUUGUAGGCCUGUCAUGGUUUCACAUGAUCAUUUUUCAUACAAAGUUUUUAUUCUAAAUCUAUUGCCUGCACAGGAUCUGAAAUUGCAAAAUGUUCACGGCUUCCCUUUGCAUAAAUACAUUGUAAAGACUUAAUUUUUAUUUAAAUUGUGAUGCAGAAGUUAGCAAUGAUAACACUAAAAAUCCUGCAGUCUCUACAGAAAUGCGAAUAAAAACUUUGAAUGAUAAUAAAUCUUGUAAUGUUUGCAUCCCAGAUGACGCGACGAAUUUAUUUCUCAUAAAAUAAUCUCUAGUUAAGUGACGUCGACUCGGGGCCGCCGGCCCCCUGUCUAAAUGUAUUCGAAGGUGAAUAAAUCAUUCCUUACAUCUUAUCCUGAUAAUCGGGACUGAUCCCCACUUGGUCGCUGCGUUAAUUGUGUGUCAAAAAAAUAUUGCGAAGUCGAUAUUUUAUCUAAAAGUUUUUCUCUUAUAAAUCUCUUUAUAAUUAAGAAUAGACCUUGGAUAAUAAGCUAUGCAGAAUGAAUAUUACGCAAAUAAAUAAUAAAGGCACAGUAAAAUUACGUUAAUAUUUAAAAAAAAAAAAUUAUAUUUGUACAUUGAAAUUGUGUGAACCUAUAAAAUGUUAGUGUCAAAGAAAAUAUGAUAAAUAUGAGCAUACAUAGACUAACUUUGUGAUUGUAAACAAAUUAGCGCAGCGUCCAAGUUGCGCGCGUGCGCAGAACGCUGCCGGCCAUUUCUAAACGUUUUCGAGUAUGUUUUAAUCGACUGACUAAAUUUACGUUGGGCGCGGGGCGCGAUGGCUCCUGUGAUUUCUUUAUAAAACUGUAAUGUCAUGCAAGUAGCCCAAGAAACAUAAUCCCUGUAAGUCCGAUCAUAAGCAAAGUUUUGUGAGGACGAAUCAAUAAAUAAGAUGAAAAGAUUACUGUGUUUUAUUUUACAUUUUCUUUUGUCUUAGUUGUAGAAUUGAAAUGUGACGACCGGUUGCUUCUAUGUGAAAUUAAAGCUAUGAUAUUUUUUUACAUUUUAUUUUAUUAUUUAUUAAUUGGACAUCCUUCAGUCUGAAUCAAUUUUCCUAACUUCUAGCACUACCGCAUUGUAUUGUCAAUAACAUUACCAUCGAUCUACAUAGAGCAGAGAUACUCUGAGAACUUCACAGGCAAGAAUGAAGUACCCGCGGUACACGAAGGUGACCUGAGUAUGAACGAAAAAAUUCCAGUAGUGUCAGUAGUACCUUAUGUACGAGUAGUGCCUGUUAGGAUCUUGUUUAACUCCAAGGACGAUUGCUGUAUAAAUAAAUGUAUUUUAUUUUUAUAUUUUGGGACAUCAUCCUUAUAAAAAAUUAAAUAUAAUAAAUCUACUUUGGGUUGCCAGCAACAGUACCAUAAUCAAAGUAAUGAGUGGGCUAAACACUAUUCAAUUUGAUGUAUUCUUUUGUUUUUCAAUAUCGAUCAAUAGUAAAAAUAUGCUUACGUUCUUCGUUUUCAUAACAUCAAACGUUCUUGAUUUUCAAUAGUACGUGACAUAUCACAUGCUGAGUGCUCUAUAAAUACAUGUCAAUUCUGAACUCUUGCCAAUAUACCUGGAUGUCUGAAAUGAAUACAUAACGUCAGUGUAAAAUCACAUACAUAGUGUGUCAAAUUUUGUGUCAAAAUUUGCAAAAAAAAAUCAAUACAUAGUUUUAUAAUGUAUAAAUAGAAAAAAGGUUACGGAACCUAAAUUCAACUUUGUAUAGAGUCAUUAUAUAAGGAAGAUUCUUAGACGAAUUUGGUCAAAUACUUUGAAUUUACUAAAUUUAAAUUUCCUGUCGUGAUUUAGAUGUUUUAAAAGAAAUUUGUGUUAAUAGAAACUCACCGUGUACAACUUGGCAAUGUCUAUUAUAGAUUACUGUUUUUGAAAAUAAUAUCAAAAUGAAAAAAUCUGGAAUCGAGCGCCAAUUGAAUUUACCACUACUGUUGAUAUGGAGAGAAGUGCAAGAUUUUCCUACAGCAAUCCGAAAGAGCGAGCAUGGACUGGAGUCACAGUGUUUUCUGCGUAUUUAGUUUUGCUGAUGGUUGAAAUAUACAUUGAAAUAUACGAGAACCAAUCACAUCUCAGAGUUUAUGAUAAACUGUGCGAGUUUGUUGCGUAUUUACAGAAUUUGAGAGCUUGAGUGGUAUAUGGAUGUCCUAAACUACCAUUGUUAUUAAUUUUGUGGUGCAAAUAUAUUUUUUGAAUGAA